CUGAGAAUCAGCUGAUGCUUCCAGUCUAUUUUCACGACUCUGUCACGAUCGACCCUUCAUAUCCUUUUUUUGUGCGGUUUUAAAUCUGUAGGCUUUUCGCAGAUAUUUCUAAAAUCCAUUUGUCACUGAGACGUCUUUCCGUCGCCGCGAGACGAGCUUUUUCAGUCGGUGGAGUUUAAAAUCCUCUUACAGCAGCAGCCGCAGCAGUCAUGGCGCUCAGCGAUGCCGACGUCCAGAAGCAGAUCAAGCACAUGAUGGCUUUCAUUGAGCAGGAGGCCAAUGAAAAAGCAGAGGAGAUUGAUGCAAAGGCAGAGGAGGAGUUCAACAUUGAGAAAGGCCGGCUGGUUCAGACUCAGCGACUGAAGAUUAUGGAGUAUUAUGAGAAGAAGGAGAAACAGAUCGAACAGCAGAAGAAAAUUCAAAUGUCCAACCUAAUGAACCAGGCCAGACUGAAGGUCCUGAAGGCCCGUGAUGACAUGAUUUCGGAUUUGAUAAAUGAUGCCCGUCAGCGACUAGCGAAUGUAGCUAGAGAUCCAUCCAGAUACGCGGCUCUGAUGGACGGACUUGUCCUGCAGGGUUUUUACCAGCUCCUGGAACCCAAAGUGACCAUCCGUUGCCGCAAACAGGAUGUGGGCAUAGUGCAGGCCGCUGUGCAGAAAAACAUUCCCAUGUACAAGGCAGCAGUGAAGGACAAUCUUGAAGUGCGUAUUGACCAGGAGAACUUCCUCUCUCCAGAAAUUUCUGGUGGUAUUGAGCUGUAUAAUGCUGAUGGGAAGAUCAAAGUGUCCAACACUCUGGAGAGCAGGCUGGACCUCAUAGCACAACAGAUGAUGCCUGAAAUCCGAGUCGCCCUAUUUGGUGCAAACCAGAACCGCAAGUUCAUGGACUGAUCCUCACCCACACAAAACCAUGGCAGAAUGCUAUUGUUUGAUGUUGUACUUUUAUUUUUAUUCUGAUGUUAAAGACUCCAUUCCUGUGUCUGUCUGUAUUUAAAAAAAAAUAUCAUGUGUAUGUGUGUGUUCUGUAUGUGGUGAUUCAUUAUUGCUGUAUAAAGGAUCAAAAUAGUGUUUCGAUUGGCUGCUAGAACUCUGGUCCAUAACAUCUCAUGUGUUUGAUUUUGAGUGCAGCUGUAAUAUAACACGGUUAUGUUUACAGAAACGCCUGAGUGAGCUCAGUCUUAAACUGAUGUAGAAAUUCCAUGAUUGUUUGCAAAUUCACCUAUUUUGUUGCUGUGGAGGAGAAGACGGACCCAUCUUGAACAUCCCUCAGAAAAACAAAAUGGUGGCACAGACUUGAAAAUUACAAUGUGUUUAAUUGUUUCUGUUGAAUUUUUAUUUGCUGUCCUUUCCUGUGGUGCAGAGCAUGACCUGUAUAUCACAAGCAAUCGUGUCUGUUAAUGCUGCAAUGAUUAUAUUGAUGUGGAAAUGAUAUAUAAUGAACAAAACAAAACAAAACAAUA